CCGAGUUCCAAGCCUUGGUGGCAACAGUGAGGGCAAGCACCGAGGAGAAUGUCACCAUCGAGUUCCUAGAAAAAGAAGGACGGUCCCCAGGCCAAGUUUACAUCAAGAGGCUACCGGAGGCUUGGCCAAGCAACCCUUCCCAUGACCUGCCCCUCCGCUUGUCACCGGCACGCCCGUCUGACACAGGAAUUUACGUUGUUCACAACUCCAGUGUUGUCAGAUAUAGAGGCAAGAUGGGAGCCUAUCUCGAAGUGCUGGUGAGAGGGUGCAGGAAAGGUUUCUUCGGCGUUGAUUGCGCCGGACGGUGCCCGUCAUGCCUGAACGGCGGGCAGUGCCACGAUCGGCGGGGUGCCUGCGUUUGUGCGCCAGGGUUCAUCGGGGAACGUUGUCAGUAUGCCUGUCCACCGGGAUUCUUUGGAAAUAAGUGCCAGUUUGAGUGCCGUGGAGGAAGCGUUGCCUCACUUGCCCCGCAGAGGACAGAGGGGCGGAGAAACAGUGAGGCGGAGGAGAUUGAGGAAGAUGACGGAAGGUGUAAAGGUUUCACCAUGUGUCUGCCUCCUCCAUACGGCUGUUCAUGUGCCGCUGGAUUUAAACAUCCUACUGAGCCUGGAGCUACAUGCACGCAAAGCUGCCCCGAAGGCCGGUACGGCGCGAACUGCGAGCAGCGGUGUGACGGCUGCCAGGACGACGCCUGCGACCCCUACUCCGGCACCUGCACGCGGGGGUGCCGGCGCGGCCACUCCUGCAAGGAAGGUCCUCCCCGCCCAGGCCUUGUGCUCACCCCACUUCACCGGGGCUAUGAGGCCUCUUGGAACGCCGGCCCAGACUCCCAGGCUCGCUACUUCGUCUCCCAGCAGCUGUUACGCCAGCGCGGCUGCCCACCUACCAAGGCCACGAAGCCUCGUCUACAUUUCCAGCCCGUCGCCAAUCUCACCUUCAAGGCCCAAUCCCUCCCGCCCUACACGGCGUACAACGUGUGUGUAGCGGCCAGCACCGUUGCCGGCCUAGGCGCCCCGGACUGCCGCACCGUCGGUACUCUCCAAGAAGCGCCCGAAAUGAAUAUAACGGAUGUAUCGUGUACUGAAACCAACAAUACACUUCGAUGUACUGCCCAAGUGCCUGGCGGAUGUGCUAGCCACAACGGGCCUAACAAGACCAUCAAGUUCAGCCUACACUCCCAGCUGUCCUGUCCUGAUCCUCUCGCUGACCUACAAGAGUAUGCUGAGCUCAGUGGAUCCUCCGGAAUGGUUAUAUUUGAAAACUAUCUGGCUGGGACGACUUACACAGGAAAGGCCGCGGUGGAAAACGCCGCAGGUACUGGCCAUGCGAGGAGCUUCAACUGUACCACAGCGGCCAAGGCUCCGCCGCGUGUCCGGAACGUGACACACGCAGUGCUGUCUGACUCCACCAUUCUGCUGCUGUGGAAUGACCCGUGCCCGCCAAAUGGAGAGAUUGAGAGCAUUUAUGUCAAUAACGGGUACAUUCCACUUCUACCAUGUGCAUCAGCAGGGCAGUAUGAUCGCUGCCACAGUAUUAGAGGACUGAAGCAAGGACAGCAAUAUCACUUUGUAAUUCAGGUGAAAAACAGAGGUGGGUACUGGAGUCCUGAAGAAACCUACACAUUUAUUUUUGAAGAAAAGGAGCCGAGUCCCCCGCAGUCCAUCGGGAUGACGAGGGGCGCCAGAAAUCUUGACCUGACUCUGGUCUCGCCCCUCGAUCCUGGCGGAACGCUUAGGAACUGCUCCAUUACCCUCACCCACUCCAGGGAACCAUGCGUCAUCACCUUUACCGAGGGAGCAACCCCUGCGACCUGCAAGUUCCAUGGGCUGCAAGAAGGGAAGAUCGAGGAGGCGGUGGCUCGGUGCUGCAACACCAGGUUCUGCGGAGGAGACCUGAGACAGCGUGUGGCUACUCGGCCCUUGCCGCCUUUACUCGAUGGCAAUCUACAUGUUGUCAGGAAAACCAACACGACCAUCACUCUUCGUUUCCCAUCAGUUACCCGCGAAGGAGACGGAAAUGUCUCGGUGAUCGUCUUUGUUGAAGCCGAAACCCCAAACAAAGCACUAGACUUAAGUGCUGAAGUGAGGAGGCUAUUUGAGACACAACACCACAAGACGAGGGCGACGAGGAGCGCCUCGGGCAGUGGAGGACGGUGCGGAGAGCAGGUUUGGGUCGCAGCUCAACUGGAUCAGGACGAAACUGAAUUUGUCGUAGGAGACGGAAACACGUACAGACACUUUGAAAACUGUCCCCUCAAGCGUGGCAACACGUACAGCGUUGGCGUGAUGGGCGUGAACGAGCUCCUCGGAGCAAUUGUGUACUCCGAUCCCAUUGUGAAGGAGGCGGUGGUGGUUGAGCCAUAUGACUCUUCUCCGUCCAGCCUCCUCCUCCUGCUCCUGCUGCUGCUGCUGCUGCUGGUUCUCAUUCUUCUGGGUGUGCUGGCCUACUACAGGCGCCUCAAGCUGCCGUACAAGAGUGACUGCAUGGUCAGACGUUGCGAUGACCUCGAACAAGAGGAUGCUGACAACCAUGAAUUGCAGGACACUAACCGGAUCGAAAGCCCUCCAGUCCGUGUACCAGAGGAUGUAGAGGAGAAUGAUGCCAUCUACGAGAACCUAAACCCAGCAUGGUGUGCCGAUAAGGCAAACCAAGUGCCGUCUGCAGAGGUGGAAGCCUACCUCAACAAGGUUAUUGGCUCCACGGAGGCCGGUGAAGAUUUCAGGACUGUGCCACGGAUAGUAGCCAAGAGCAGGACAGCAGCAGAGCGCCCGGGAAACGCUGCCAAGAACAGCUUCAAAAACAUCCUUCCAUAUGACGACACUCGAGUGGUUCUUUCCCGCCUUGGUGACGACCCUUUCUCAGACUACAUCAACGCCAGCCAUGUAGAGGGCUACGGGAGCAUGCGCUACAUCGCAUCACAAGGUCCCAAGGACGCCAAAGUGUGCACGACCACAGACUUCUGGAGGAUGGUGGUGGAACAACGAAUUGACGUUAUCAUCAUGGUGGCAAACUUCGUCGAAAUGGGAAAGAAGAAAGUCGGUGAAUACUUCAACCCGGAACGUACACCAAACUUUGAUGGCUUUGAGGUAACGAUGAGUUGCAGGAAACAGCUUCCUUACUUCACUGUGUCUACCCUUACGGUAAGGCGGAAUGGCGCAGCGCGCCAGGUCCAGCACUACCACUUCAGCAAGUGGCCUGACCACGGCGUCCCCACCGAAGUAAUCUCCAUCGCCCGAAUGCUCGCACAUUUCCAGGCUCACCACAGUCAUGGAGCAACAGUUGUACACUGCUCGGCUGGCAUAGGACGAACAGGUGCGGUACUGCAAGUUCUUUUGAUGUGCGAGAUGCUGAGCCUCAGGGGCCACCUCAGCUCCAUAGAAGUGCUGGCCAGACUAAGGAUGAGUCGUGCGCUCUUGGUGGAGAACGAAGCUCAGUUCAACCUCAGCCUUGAGAUUCUGGAUGAGAUCUUGUUCGGGAAGAAGAUGGUCAUGUCAGCAGAUCACCUCAUGAAAUCCCUGGACGGAUGCGUUUUAUCAAGCGGAGACCAGUACGCCAUGGCCAAGGCUCUUCCCUCUCCCCUUACAUACAACACAUCCAACCUGCCUGUCUUCUGGCCACUCAAUCGCAACCAAGCAAUAUUACCAGCAGACUCAAACCGGUAUUACCUUCAACCCAAGGCGGGGCUUGAGGUAGGGGCUUCCCAGUACAUCAACGCUAUCCGCAUACCGGGCAUUGACAAGAACAGGUUUAUGCUGGCAACAGAACACCCGAUGCCGCACACCAUUGACAACUUUUGGAGGCUCAUCGCCGAGACAGGAUCCACGAUGGUCUUCUUUAUCAACAGCUUGGAAGAUCAGGACAAGAAUGACUACCUAAGAAUGCUGUUGGGGCCAGGAGAGACUUGGAAAUCAGGCGACUACAAGCUGAAGGAAGAGAGCGCGGAACCUUACGGAACAUGGCUCACUCAUUCAACACUCACCAUUACCUCAAACGAAGACUGGAUUCACCGCGUCGACGUGUAUCAGAGCAACAACUGGCCUUCCACCUCCUCAUUGCCACCCUCCCUGCACCUCCUGUUGACCAUUGCUGAGCUGCUGCAUGUUCCUCGCAGCGCCACCGCUGGACCACCUCUACUGUGUUGUAGAGAUGGCGUGACGGGGUGCGGGUUGGCAGCAGGCAUGACCCUGCUGGUGGAACGCUUGCAGACUGAGCAGAUUGUUGACGUCUACAGGACGGUGGUAAGGCUGCUGCGCGCCAGGCAACAAUUUAUCGUCAAUGAGGAACAAUUCUCGUCAUUGUACACCGGGGCCGCCAUAUACCUGGAUGAGUACUCAGACUACGGUAACUUCCAGUGAGAAGCAGCCUGACUGUACGUCGAGGCCAUCAUUAACCUGCAUGAGUAACUUCAGAUACUCAGUACCAGGUAACUUUGUUGACAAACCAAUUUGCAAACUGUAAAUGUACUGUCUACGAACAUCAUGAAAGCUGUUUACAGUCUAUAUAAAAAAAAAACUAAAUUGAAAUAUAUAAAUUGUUUAGAAACGGUUUGCAAAUGAUAUUGAUUUUUAUUUUUCAUUCAGAAUGGGAAGUAAAAUAAAAGUUCAUAUUGAGAUGGUCUGCUUCGAUACAUGAAAAAAUGUACUGGAGUUUCGUAAGUAAAUAUCCGCUUCUCAGACACUUAAUAAAACACCAAGUCUGAAAGAACCUGAAGUAACCUAUUUGGAGUUCGUACCACUCAGUAUUAUUUUCAGUCAGUAGCAGCGUUGCCAAUCGUACAAUAAUUAUCGUACAAAUACGGAAAUCUGACCGUUUGCACGAUGUACAAUAACGCCUGUAAGAGAAUACGAUAAUCCCGGAAUUUGUACAGUUAUUCAAUGGAGAUGUAAAAUAAUUUGAUUAUUCAAUUUAAACAUUUUCUCUCUCAGCUGCUGAGCAUGUAGUCUGUAGUGCGUGGGUGAAGCAAAUGCAGGUCUUAUACACGUACCAUUUACGCUCUGUUCCGUCUUCAGAGUUAGCCUCUGUAGUACGUAUCUGUCAGUAUUUAGCCAGCGCCCUUUGGAUACAGAACGAAUGCAAAAGGUACAAGACCAAAGAAACCUGGACUGCCUUCAGUGAACGGAUUGAUUAGCAUUGAGCAAACGAAUCGAUUAAUUUGUUUCGUAGGAAAGCAAAGUGCCCGAAUAGACUUGACAGAGAUUUCUUCUGCCUAACAUUAAAUAAUGUUGAGCAGGUUUAUUUCACUAUCGAUAUGUUUAUUUCACUAUGGAUAUGUUUAUUUCACUAUGAAUAUGUUUAUUUCACUAUGGAUAUGUUUAUUUCACUAUGGAUAUGUUUAUUUCACUAUGGAUAUGUUUAUUUCACUAUGGAUAUGUUUAUUUCACUAUGGAUAUGUUUAUUUCACUAUGGAUAUGUUUAUUUCACUAUGGAUAUGUUUAUUUCACUAUGGAUAUGUUUAUUUCACUAUGGAUAUGUUUAUUUCACUAUGGAUAUGUUUAUUUCACUAUGGAUAUGUUUAUUUCACUAUGAAUAUGUUUAUUUCACUAUGGAUAUGGUUAUUUCACUAUGAAUAUGUUUAUUUCACUAUGGAUAUGUUUAUUUCACUAUGGAUAUGUUUAUUUCACUAUGGAUAUGUUU